GAAAGACAACAACGACUGGGAAAAGAAAGAGAAGAAAAGAUGGAGGAAUAAGUAAAAGGAAAAAGAAAUAAGAAGCAAAUAAAGAAAAGUGAGGGUUAAGAGAAGAAGCAAAAAAUUGCAACAGCUCAUAUUAGUGAAAGAAAAAAAAAAAAAGGUAGGGACGAAAACGAGAUAAAGAGGAUCUACCCAGCGUACUGUGCGCCGACAACCCAAUUUAUCGUGGUGCUUUCGCCUGCAGUUACACAUGAUGGCUAGUGCAGAACAAACACCACCUAGCAGGCACGAGAAAAGUCUCGGUCUUCUUACCUCGAAGUUUGUGUCUCUGUUGCAAGACACAGAAGAUGGAGUACUUGACCUAAGAGUGGCUGCAGACACAUUGGCUGUGCGACAGAAACGACGGAUAUAUGACAUCACAAAUGUUCUAGAAGGAAUUGGGUUAAUAGAAAAGAAAUCAAAAAACAGUAUCCAAUGGAAAGGAGCAGGUCCAGGCUGCACUUCCAAGGAAAUAUCCAAUCGGCUUUUAAUGUUAAAGAGUGAAACUUCCAUGUUGGACCAGCAGGAGAAAGCCCUUGACUCUCAUAAGAGCUGUAUACAACAAAGUAUUAAAAAUAUCACUGAAGAAGCAUCCAACAAUACCAAGAUGGCCUAUGUAAGUUAUGAAGAUGUUUGUAGUGUUUUUCCUGGAAGUAUCUUGUUAUCUGUACAGGCACCGUCAGGGACACAACUUGGAGUACCACUACCAGAAAUAGGCCCUGGUAUCUUAAGGAAGUACCAAAUCCAUUUGAAGAGUACAUCUGGUCCCAUCAAUGUAAUGCUGGUGAAUAAAGAUACAGACGCUUCAGUUCCUGAAGUCGUUCAAGUUCCACCAUACCAUGAUGAUAAGAAGAUGGAGAUAUCACAGAAACAGACGUUGAUACCUGCUGUCAACAGUGUGAAGUCUCCCUUAAAGACUCCACACAAACAACUAAGAAAGAAAUCUCCUCUGAAAACACCUCUUUCACCUGUGAACCGAAUGACCACACGAUCAUCACCACGCAAAAUGUCUCAACCCUAUACGAAUAUAUUACCUCAUACCAACAGUCAAUUCACCAGUUCCAACAUUACUGAUAACCUCACAAAUGAUCUACUUUUCAACAGUACAAAACCUUCAUUUAGUGGUAAAGAAUUCAUUGAUGAUUUUGGCUUCAUCUCAGCUGAAGGCUUGGAACCUUUGUUGCAUCUAAGUCCUCCACCUAGUGAGAGGGAUUACCAUUUCCAUUUGGAUGAUAGUGAAGGCGUCUGUGAUUUCUUCGAUGUUCCUCUGCUACCCCCACAUGCUACUGCUGCAUCUUCAGCCACCCACUUCUACUGAUACCUCAGGCAUUUGUCUCUUCUCUUCACCUCUUAAAACAUAUCUUCAACAGCCACUUAUGCCUACUAUUACUACUACUACAACUACUACUACCAUCACCACCACUAUUCUCACUGUCAUCAUCACAGUUAUCACACCAUUCCAUAUAAAUGUUCAUUCCUAUCUUUAUAAAUAGGUUUGUAUGCUCCUCUUCCUCUUCACCAUUUCAAUAUCUCUUUUCCAAUGGUAGGUAUAGAGCAGUGAUGGUAAUGGUGAAAAGUGGUUCUUCAACACACACACACACACACACACACACACACACACACACACACA